UGUGUUGAUUUGUUAGUGUAUGUCGGGCGCAUUGUGUUCGUAUAAUGCAAAAGCUGCAAAUGCUAGUAAACAAAACAAGCUAAUGUAUUGUGAUUUUGCACCUAUAUGUAAUAGGAGUGUCUAGUCGAGGAAGAUAAUGAACCAACAAGUUCAGAGUCAGACGGUACAAGUGACACAGAAACGGACGACAAUAGCUUGGAUGACCUGCCCCCUUACCGUGUCCCACCCUUGCCUGACGUGUCGAUGCCAUGCUCUGACUUAUCAGUUGAGAAGUGGCGCUAUCAUGAAAUAUCUCCUCACUACAUGGAUAUUCUUCCCGGAGGAGAUAUGCCAGAGAAGUUCAUCAUUGUUGAAGGCAGUACCAUAUCUUUCAUGGUUUCACAAGACUUUUAUGAUAAGUUCUUGGGAUUAGCUCUCUGUGUCAUUUUCGCAGUAGAAGAUGGAGAAAAGGAAAUAUUUUUCGACAUCGUGCCCCAUCUUAACGGCCAAAGACGGAAUGGGCUAUCGGGAUCUCUCGGUUCAUUUAAUUCGAAUCACAGGUGGAUUCAAUAUCUCAAACCGAAUGUGCUAUGGGGAGUAUUGGAGGGAGCUAUUGAUUUUCUUGAAUUUGGCGAGGAUUGCUUACGAUUUAGCCUCACACUCAGUGUAUCGGGAGGAACCGUAAAAGAAUUGGGAUGUGCUGAGAUGCAAGCAAAUGGAUGAUGAUUUGAAAGACAAGCAAUUAGUGAAUCCAGCUUCAAUCUGUGAAAUGGAGUUAAUAGAAUUCUUCCACCAAUUUCUCCCACGCCGAAUGGAAGCCGUGCGAAUGAAAGCCAUUGAAAACGAAGCCGAGCUAAUGAAAGCCAUUGAAAACGAAGCCGGGCUAAUGCGAAGCAAAGCCCAGCGAAUGCAAGCCAAGCAACGGGCGAUGGAACGGUUUGCCGUGCGGGGUUCAGGUGGCUUGCAGCUCUGAAGGAAGCAAUCAUUAAGCCAGCGCAACAAACUGGGGGUUGGCAUAUGUUUCCUGAUACCUCGGGACAUUUAUGUUUGUUGUUCAAGUAAAAGAUGGCAUUCGCUUCAAUCUCUAAUGUCAGAUUUGGAAAAUGGAGAGACGGUGACUUGGCACACAAGAUACUUCAAUUCAGUAGAACGUGGCCUCAUGUUUGGCUCAAAUAUCUUUGGCAUGUGUAGUUAAAUCAUAUCAAUAAAUGAAAUGUCAAUAUUUUUCAUUACUCAGAUUUGGUGAAGCUAACAAAAAUACUUAAUUGUAUUGA